AUGAGCGCGCGCCGCCAGCCGCUUCCUGCGAACGCAGGACUGAAGCAGACGCCGUCUGCAAACGAUUCCUCUGCCGCGUGCUUGAACUUUCCUGCUCGGCCAGGCACGCCCGAAGCCGUGCGAAAGUUCCGCAAGUCGUACUUCGCCGAGCCGGGGACGCGCAUUGUGCAUCCUGGCUUGAUUGACGACGUCAAGCACAUCGAUGCCACACGAAAGUUUGGUAUCACGUCCAAGAACAGCGACCACGUCUCGGACAUCAUGCCUGCCAAAGUGCCGACGGAACACGCGCUAAUCACCCAGCAAAAACUGGAGGCGCUGUACAUGAGUUCCAAGCGCGAACCGUUGGGCACAACGUACUCGCGCGGGCACCACUUCGAUCCAACCGCGACGUUUGGGGCGCCGUCGGAGCCGAGCGACGUGGCCAAGGACGUCCUGUACGGCAUCCCGUUCAAUGAGACAGCCGAGACCAAGGCUUUGUACAAGCGCAGCCACGGGAGCUGCGACCCCGGCGAGCAGAAGAACCGGCAGUACGCCAAUGUGGACUUGGCCAAGGCGCGGUUUGGCAUGCACAAGCGAAAGGACGAGGGCGGCGUGGAGGCCAUUCUCAACCCCGAAAUGGACGACCACGUGAGCAAGGUCGUGAUCGCCAAGAAGAACGUCGAAGACAUGAAAAACACGAUGGAUAUGCUGGGGAAGCCGCGCAACCUAGGCUUCAACCACGCCACCAGUCCAGACCAUGUGUUUGGCGUGAAGCAUGCCAAGGGCUGUGCCGACGCCGCGCUUACCAUCCAUGGCUCGUACUCGUUUGAAGAGCAGCAGCCAGAUGCAGAUCUCGGCAAGCCAGUGAACCGCGGGUGGAUGAACGCUACCGAUGAGCACCGGUCGUUUGGAGUGCCCAGCAUUCGGUCCGAUGUUGCCCCUCCGUCCAAGCGGUCCAUUGCCGACGCCCAGAACUAUGGCGACGACGUCAACGCGCACGAGUUGCUGUACCCAAACCAGUACUCGGCACUUGGUGUUGAAGACGCCGAGUUUACGACAGUGAGGACCAAAGCGUUUCUGACAAACUUGUUUAGCAAGAUGGGGUACGACGAAAUUCCGCCCGACGUGCUCGACCAAGUGUAUGUCCGCGCGACGCUUCGAACAGAGUACACGCCCAAAGGCGUGGCGAGCAUCCAGGACUUUCGAGAGGUGCUCAACGACUACUUGGACGCCCGGGACGCCGGCCCCGCGGCUGUUGGCCAAUGGAAGGCUCAAUUAUAA